AUGGCUCCUACAUCCCCCCGCUUCUCCUCGGAGGAGGUAACAGUCGUCUUCUUCCUCGGCGGACCAGGAAGCGGCAAAGGCACCCAAUCCGCCAACCUAGUCAAAGACUACGGCUUCGUCCACCUCUCCGCAGGCGACCUCCUCCGCGCCGAGCAACUCCGCGAGGGCAGCCAAUACGGCGCCAUGAUCAAAUCAUACAUCACCGAGGGCAAGAUCUCACCGUCAACCUCCUUUCCAACGCGAUGCGCGACUCGCUCGACACCAACCCCCGCCCCGGGCACCAAGGCGCGCUUCCUGAUUGAUGGGUUCCCACGGAAGCUGGAUCAGGCUGUUUUCUUUGAGCAGACGGUUUGUCCGUCGGAGUUGGUGCUGUUCUUGGAUUGUCCUGAGGAUGUGAUGGAGGCGCGGCUGUUGAAGCGCGGGGAGACGAGUGGGCGGGAUGAUGAUAAUGCGGAGUCUAUUCGCAAGCGGUUUAGGACUUUCGUUGAGACUUCGAUGCCUGUUGUUGAUGAUUUUGAGGCUAAGGGGAAGGUUGUUAAGGUCCAGGCUACUGGGUCUGUGGAGGAUGUUUAUGCUGAGGUGAAGAAGGGUAUUGAGGAGCGUGGUGUGCAUGCUCGUUAA